AUAUACGUCCCCGCAUUCACUGCCUGUGUACGCUCCCUGGGAGUGCACGACACCGCGAUCCAAUCGCUGUACGGGACCUCUAGAAACACUUUAACUACUUCCCGUCCGGCCCAUGUAAAUAAAUGGCCGGACACUGAUUGGGCUAUCAGUGAUCACAUGAAUAGUAGUAAACAAGAUGUCACUUCCUGACACCAUUGCUUACUACUUGUGAAAUCUGUGAAUGAUCACAGAGGUCACAUGGUACAAGGCUAUUCACAACAGCCUUGUACCAUGUGACAAGCUGUGACCAAUCACAUCUCUC